CUCGGCUCCUGCGGGCGCGCGCCUGCGUGACGUCACUGGUGUGAAGAAGAUGGCUGCGCUCGUGAAGGCGGAAGUGUUGCAGUUUCGUCCUCCCUGGAUCAUGUGACUGCCUCCUUCAGACCGGAGGAGUGUGUGAACUACACCAUGAACAACAAGGACACAAUGACUGAGUCCGAGACCAGCGGUCAGAUGAAAGUGUUUUUACCCAGUAAGCUUCUGGAGAGUUUGCCUCGUUCCAGCACUUUCCCCAAAGAGAGACUGCGCUGGAACACCAACGAGGAAAUUGCAUCCUUCCUGAUUUCGUUCGACAGACAUGACGAGUGGCUUUCUUGCACGCUCAAGACCAGGCCACAGAACGGCUCAGUCAUCCUGUACAAUCGCAAGAAGGUCAAAUACCGGAAAGAUGGAUAUUGCUGGAAGAAGAGGAAGGACGGAAAGACGACUAGAGAGGAUCACAUGAAGCUGAAGGUUCAGGGCAUGGAGUGUCUUUACGGUUGUUAUGUUCAUUCCUCCAUCGUCCCAACAUUCCACAGAAGAUGCUAUUGGCUGCUGCAGAACCCAGACAUCGUUCUAGUGCACUAUCUGAACGUGCCGUCGCUGGAGGACAGUGGGAAGUCGUGUGGACCGGUCUCAUGUGCUUUGACCGACCGCAGGGACAGUCUGCGCUGGAGCCGAGACGAACUGCUGUCUCAACUCAAACCCAUGUUCCACAGUUUGAAAUGGUCUUGUGGAGGCAACGGUUCUGUGGAGCUCUCAGUGGAGCAGAUGGUGCAACAGAUCCUAGAAACACAACAGACCAAACCACAACCACGAACACACACCUGCCUCUGCGCAUCUCCCGGAUCCAACAUUCCUCACCGCUGCAACAGCACCAGACACCGCAUCAUCUCGCCCAAACUGCCCCCCCCUCACCCCGCCCUCAGCGAGCGGCAGAAUCUGUCCAGUGAGGGCUCCGGAGCUGAGGUGGAUCCCGGCGAUGCUUCAGUCGCUGUCAGACCUUCAGAGAGGAAGCAGCCACCAGAAGAUGGUGGGCGGGUCGAGGACACGGGGGGUGUGGCUUCACCAUGCUCCGCCUCUUCUUCGUCCUCUUCGAGUCCGCCCCAAACACAGCGGGCGGCGACAGUUGCUCUUAGCAACGGAUUCUACGGUGACCAGCGGGGUGGAUUGGCAGCGGUGGCACUCCCGCAGAAUGCGCUUAUCGUCAUGACGACGGCUGCGCCGGUGGGGCGUGGCUGUGGGGAGGAGCCAAACACUGAGUUAGGCUCCACCCACCUGUCGCUCACCCGCGCUGGUGGGCGGCUCGUUCUAUCUCCUGUGCUGCCCAAACAGGACACGCCCUCCCCGUCAAGCUCCGCCUCCCCUCCUAGCCCCGCCCCACCCAAUCAGGGCGUGGCCACGCUGUCACUCACUCUCCUGCCCAGCCCUGUGAUUGGAGGACUGCUGCUGACCUCCCGGAACACCCCCGGGAUGCUCCUGCACCCAACAUCGCCCUCGCUGCUCCCGUUUGACCCCGAUUCCUUUCUCAACAGCCCCAAACAGGGGCAGACUUACGGAGGCCCCGCCCUCACACCCCACUCCAACUCCGCCUCUUCUUCCCCGUCUCCGCCUCCUUCCACAUCUCCUCGGCCCCCGUCUCUCGCUCUGUCUCUUUCUCCCACGUCUCCGCCCUCGUCUCUAUCCUCCCUCUCUUCUGAGACGGAAAGGAAGAGUAUUCUGGGUCAUCCCUCGUCCAGUCCGGUCUCCCUGUCUCUUUCUCUCUCUCCGACGCAAACGAUUCCCGCGCUGCUGCCGUUGUGUCUGGAGUCGUCAUUAGGACUCAAUUCGUUGAGUCCGCCCUCUGACAAUAGAGCUCCUCCCACCAAAUUCAACGCUCAAGCCCCGCCCGGUCAUCUCCUGCCCAAUCAGCUCUCUCCGGCCGCCAAGACGAACCAGGUAACACCCUCCCUCGAAGUGCUGCCAACCAAUCAGCUGUCUCUAGAGGGAGAAAAGGCAGAGUCACAGCACACUUGUCUUCUAGAAACACACCCUAUGUGCAUUCAACCACUGAAUCUAACUCCGCCCCCGGCCACGCCCCCAGGCGUGAGUCCUGUGCAAGUGAAGGAGGAGCAGUCUCCGCCCACUCAUGCACAUUUUGAAUCAGACGUCACGCCUAUGGACACCACCCACUGUGCCCAUAUAGAUGGUGAGGAGGCGGGGUUAACAUUUGACUCCUCCUUCCCUGACCUCAUAUCUGAGCUGAUCUCAGAGGAGCCCGUCAGCCACCCGGCCACCCUGUCUCCGCCUGUUUACCCCGUCAGGUACAUGGUUCCUCCUCAGCCGACACCGUCCACCUCGUUCCUGCCCUUCCCGCUCCUGACUAACGCACACUCGCUAGCGUCCGGCGGCUUUCCGGAAGAAACCCCGCGGCUGGCCAACAUCACAGACUUCUCACCCGAGUGGUCGUACCCGGAGGGAGGAGUGAAGGUGUUGAUCACAGGCCCGUGGUCAGAGACAGACGGACGAUACUCCUGUGUGUUUGACCAGAGCAGAGUUACUGCUUCUCUCAUCCAGCCAGGAGUCCUGCGCUGUUACUGUCCUGCUCAUGAAGCUGGACUCGUCGCUCUGCACGUGUUGAAGGACUCCAGCGCCGUCUCCUCCUCAGUGCUGUUUGAGUAUCGCGCUCGCAACGCCUCGUCCUUACCGAGCUCACAGCUGGACUGGUUAUCACUGGAUGAUAACCAGUUCAGGAUGUCGAUUCUGGAGCGUUUGGAGCAGAUGGAGAGGAGAAUGGCAGAAAUGUCAAACAACAGUCAGCAGAAUCAACACAUGAUUCACUAUCAUCAGCAGCUGUGGAGGAACCAGAGCUCUGCUCCACGCUUGACUCCUGAAAACCAGUCGGGGCUGUGGUUCGAGCGCAGGAUCGUGGCCGUGUGCGAGAGGAUGAUGGCUGGUGGUCGCUGGGAUCGAGGCGUUGAGACAGACAGACUCACACACUCCGUCAGACACCGAGGGAUGACACUGCUGCACCUCGCCGCCGCUCAGGGAUACACACAGCUCAUACACACACUCAUACGCUGGAGGAGUAUCAGUGUGAAUAGUCUGGAUCUGGAACAGGAAGUGGAUCCUCUGAACGUUGAUCAUUUCUCCUGCACACCUCUGAUGUGGGCGUGUGCUCUGGGUCAUCAGGCCGCAGCUGUGUUGUUGUACCGCUGGAGCAGUGCGGCUCUGGGGAUCCCGGACUCUCUGGGUCGUCUGCCUCUGGCCGUGGCACAUUCGCGAGGACACACACGUCUAGCGCGCUGUCUGGAGGAGUUACACACACACUCUCAGACGCAGGAACACACACUGGACACACCCUCGCCUCCGUCUCCACUGUCCAGCAGCCCUGACACGGGUUUGAGCUCGUCCAGCAGUGUCCCCUCCCCCAGUGACCCGCCCUCUCCCUCCCCAAGCUCCGCCUACUCCAGUGGCUCUGUUCCUGACCCCAUGGACUCCGCCUCUUCCCCCUCCUCCCCGUUCUCAGCCCCGCCCCCGGCUGGUUCCAUUGACUCACUGUUCCUGAUGGACUGUGAGGCCUCGAGCCCCUCCCUGCCGGCCGUGUCGCUUCACUCGGAGCUCGCCGACGAGCUGCUCAACUACAGUGAGAACGCCGAGAACGAGGACUUCCUGUCUGACGAGGUCCUUCAGGUUGACAUGGCAACGUUGGCCGAGCAGAUCAUUGAGGCCACGCCCGAGCGAAUCAAACAGGAGGAGUUUAACCGGGAGGCGGAGUCACCGCUGCGAGAGAGGCGGGACAAUCCUGCCAUUCACGACACCAUGCCAUGGCUCGCCACAUACCUCGACAACAUCGACAGGAGUCGGUGUCUCACCCCUCCCUCGCUCCUCAGUGAUUUGGCGCUGCAGAGGCUCCGCCCCCCGAGCAGUGUGGCGUGGGCGGAGUUUCUGAACGCCUCAGCCAAUGGAAGGAUGGAGAGAGACUUCGCCCUGCUGACACUGACGGACACGGAGCAGAGAGAGCUGUAUGAAGCUGCACGUGUCAUCCAGAACGCCUUCCGCAGAUACAAGGGGCGGAGGCUAAAGGAGCAGCAGGACAUGGCUGCAGCAGUAAUACAGCGCUGUUACCGCAAAUACAAACAGCUAACAUGGAUAGCACUGAAGUAUGCACUCUAUAAGAAGAUGACGCAGGCGGCGAUACUGAUCCAGAGUAAGUUCCGCAGUUAUUACGAGCAGAAGAAGUUCCAGCAGUCUCGGCGAGCGGCCGUCCUCAUCCAGCAGUAUUACCGCAGCUAUAAAGAGUACGAGCGCGUCAAGCAGGGCCCGCGCGGCCCCGGGGCCCUCAACACCAAGCUCAAAGGCUCGUUCCUGACCAAGAAACAGGAUCAGGCGGCGCGGAAGAUCAUGCGCUUCCUCAGACGCUGCAGACACAGGAUUAAGGAGCUGAAACAGAGUAAAGAGCUGGAGCACAAAGGACUGACCACCUGACCCCACACACACACACUCACACACACACACACACACACACACACACUCACACACACACACACACACACACACACACACACACACACACACAUACACACACUCACACACACACACACACACACACACUCACACACACACACACACACUCACACACACACACACACACACACACUCACACACACACACACACACACACACACACACACACACUCACACACACACACUCACACACACACACACACACACACACACACACACACACACUCACACACUCACACACACACACACACACACACACACACACACACACACUCACACACACACACACACACACACACACACACUCACACACACACACACACACACACACUC